UUUAGUCAUGUCACCAAAACCCUAAACCGUUUCAAUUUAUCUGACAAUUUUUUCUGCAAAUGGGUUUACUCAGUAGACUCUCAAGAACUCGAAAAUUAAUCAAACAAAUUCCAACCCUAACUUACCCACUAAUUUCUCCGAUAAGAACAACAAACAUUCAACCAGAGAGUAAAUUAGGAUUGACAAGUUCAUAUUGUUCAAAAUCUAGGAAUUCCCACAAAGAUAAUGACAUAGAUUUGAGCCAAUACGCACCUGAAAGAAUCCGCAAUUUUUCGAUUAUAGCUCAUAUUGAUCAUGGUAAAUCGACGCUUGCAGACCGAUUGUUGGAACUUACGGGCACUAUCAGGAAGGGCCAUGGUCAGCCUCAGUACCUUGACAAGCUUCAGGUGGAGAGAGAAAGAGGGAUUACGGUUAAAGCGCAGACUGCUACUAUGUUCUACAAGUACAACCGUCAAGUAGCGACUAGUGCCAGUACAGAAGAUACCUCAGCAUUUUUACUAAAUUUGAUUGAUACACCUGGCCAUGUUGAUUUUAGCUAUGAGGUAUCAAGAUCGUUAGCUGCUUGCCAAGGGGCUCUGUUAGUUGUUGAUGCUGCUCAAGGGGUUCAAGCACAGACUGUUGCCAACUUUUAUCUUGCUUUUGAGUCAAAUCUGUCAAUAAUACCAGUCAUAAACAAAAUUGAUCAGCCUACAGCUGACCCUGAUCGUGUUAUGGCCCAGCUCAAGUCCAUGUUUGAUCUGGAACCAAAAGAUGCACUCCUCACAUCUGCUAAAACAGGGCAGGGUCUUGAGCACAUACUUCCUGCAGUAAUAGAACGAAUACCUCCUCCCCCAGGAAAUGUUGGUACUGCUUUACGUAUGCUUUUGUUGGAUUCAUAUUAUGAUGAAUACAAAGGAGUUAUAUGCCAUGUGGCUAUUGUUGAUGGCACAUUGCGUAAAGGUGAGAAGAUUUCAUCUGUGGCAACUGGACAAACUUAUGAAGUUUUAGAUGUUGGGUUCAUGCAUCCAGAGCUUGUGCCUACUGGAAUGCUUUUCACUGGCCAAGUGGGUUAUGUGGUCAGUGGAAUGCGUUCAACCAAAGAGGCACGCAUUGGUGAUACCUUGUUUCAUGCCCGUUCUGUUGUUGAGCCUCUACCAGGUUUCAAGCCUGCAAGACAUAUGGUGUUCUCUGGUUUAUAUCCAGCUGAUGGAUCCGAUUUUGAAGCACUUAGUCACGCAAUUGAACGGCUGACAUGCAAUGAUGCCAGUGUUUGCGUCUCAAAAGAAACUAGCAUGGCACUUGGCUUAGGUUUCAGGUGUGGUUUCUUAGGUUUACUUCACAUGGAUGUUUUCCAUCAACGCCUCGAGCAAGAAUACGGAGCUCGAAUAAUAUCCACUGUUCCAACGGUGCCAUAUAUAUUUGAAUACUCUGAUGGAAGCAAAAUUGAAGUCCAAAAUCCUGCUUCUUUGCCGUCUGAUCCUAAAAAACGAGUGACAGCUUGUUGGGAACCUACAGUUAUAGCUACCAUUAUUAUCCCUAGUGAGUAUAUUGGGCCUGUUAUGACCCUUUGCUCUGAUCGUCGGGGAGAGCAGCUCGAGUACUCCUUUAUAGAUAGUCAAAGGGUGUUCUUGAAGUACCGAUUACCAUUGCGGGAAAUGGUUGUUGACUUCUAUGAUCAACUGAAAAGCAUUACUUCAGGAUAUGCUUCAUUCGACUAUGAAGAUUCAGAGUAUCAAUCCGCUGAUUUAGUGAAACUUGAUAUUCUUUUGAAUGGACAACCAGUUGAUGCAAUGGCAACCAUUAUCCAUAAUUUGAAGGCACAACGUGUGGGUCGGCUAUUAGUGGAGAAGUUAAAGCAAGCCAUAGACAGGCAAAUGUUUGAAAUAACAAUUCAAGCUGCAAUUGGAACAAAGGUCGUUGCAAGGGAGACGUUAACUGCUUUGAGGAAGAACGUGCUAGCCAAAUGCUAUGGUGGUGAUGUUUCUAGGAAGAGAAAGCUAUUAGAGAAGCAAAAGGAAGGAAAGAAACGAAUGAAGCGUGUUGGUUCAGUCGAUGUACCACAGGAAGCAUUCCAUGAGCUCUUGAAGGUUUCAUAGAGAAAAGGUGCUUCCAAAGAGUUAAGUGCAAUUCAAUUCAGUAAAAUCUCUGUAUUGUUAUCCUCUUGUACUUUUUUUUGGUCUUGUUUUAUUAUCAUCUUACAAUUGUAGAAUUUUAAUUUUUACUAGGAAUUAUAUAUUCAUUGAUUCAAAAUAAGCUGACAUAACUGUUGUAAUCAAUCCUCAAACUUUGUCCUUUCAAUUAUUUAUCCAAGGACCAAAUUUUGCUAA